UUUCUCGAGAUUUUCUUUCAGUCUCAUUCAGACAUUCAGUCAGUUCCUUUAUGUCAUUCUCUGUGUCGUGCUUUCUCAAAUCUUUUUUCAUUUAUCCUUUCUCUUCUUCUAGUCCGAAUUAUGUGUAAAUGAGGGUUCAAAACCAACUCUAAAGUUGAGUGUGUCGCUCACAUUAAGCCGUUUUCCCUUUUUGAUUUAUUGAAUAUUUGAGGAGCUGACCCACUUUCUCUUAUUCUCUCCUGGAUCUUUAAAAGAAGUUUGAUUUUCACACAUUUUGUGGUUCUGAAUGGCAAUGUGGAUCACUGGGAAAACUGAUCACUCCAGUCGAAGAGAUGCCCUGUUCACAGAUUUGUAUCAGGAGUGCAAGCUGGCUCCACCUGCAGCCCGUCUGUCAUAUUCUCUCAGAGUUCGACUUGAGAGAUUUCUCCAGCCAGAGAGACGAGAAAUUGCCUGCCGGAUGAAAGAAGGCUGUGCUCCUCUCUUCAUAGCUUGCAAGAAAGGAAAUGUGGAGAUUGUUGAAUACCUCAUCACCAUCUGUAAUGCGGACGUUGAACAAAGAGGAAAAUACGAAGUCCCAGAUGAUCGCUCUGUUCACAACGUGACCCCACUUUGGUGCGCUGCCGUUGCGGGAAAACUGCCAGUUGUAAAAUGCCUAGUGCAAUACGGUGCCGACGUAGACAGCAUGUCAGACACGGGUUCAACGCCAGUUCGCAGUGCGUGUUUCAUGACUCAUUUGGAAAUUGUACAGUUUCUCGUCGAAAGCGGAGCCGAUAUUUUGCGAGCCAAUUACAACGGUGGAACAUGCCUCAUCAACUCAGUCCAGAGCGUUCCAUUGUGCGAGUAUCUUUUGCAACACGGCGCCGCUGUCAAUGCGCUGGACAUUCAACAGAAAACGGCUCUCCACUACGCCAUUCAGGAGCAUAGAUUGGAAACCACCAAGUUGUUACUUCAGUAUCUUGCCGACCCAUAUUUAAAGAGCCGUUAUGGCGACGACGCAUUACAAACUUCCUGCUUGAAAGGAGCGACCCAGAUAUUCGAAUACCUCAUUACCAAUGUCCCUUACAAUUUGGAUCGAAUCGCCGACGCCUACGAGCUAAUGGGUUCGACGUGCCUUGACGAACACCAUGAUUUGCAAUUAGCUUUACAAUACUGGCGGAACGCUGUCCAGUUGCGCAAUCGUGACCCUGCAUCUCCCAUUGUUAAAGCCAUCAGCUCACCAGCCGAGCAUUUCAACAACGCCGUGGAAUUUCAGACGCUGGAAGAACUCGACAAUCUUUCCACAGACUUGGACGCGAUGCGCACGCAAAGUUUAUUGAUAUGCGAAAGGAUUCUCGGCUCGACUCACAAAGAUGCGAUAUUCCGUUUCAUGUAUCGAGGAGCAGCUUACGCCGAUAGCCUGCGCUACCAGCAGUGCAUUGACUUGUGGAAAUACGCCCUUCAGUUGAGAGUGUUCAAGGAUACGUUGCUCUACAACGAGACCUGCUUCGCAGCCCGGGCGCUAGUCCGCAUUUUCCUGGACCUCCACGAGAAACACGAAUGCGGACUCCUUCGCGAACCCCUGCGACUGGCCGAUGUCAUGUCUGCUUUUACCUUACUCGUCGACAAUAUGGAAGCGUCGCUGGAAUUGCUCCACGUCCGACCCGUUUUCCGCCGGCACCAAGAUAACUUUGACCGUAUCCUCAACUGCCUGAGCCAUUUGUUGUUUCUACUGACAUCGAUCGAGUCGGAGCGACCGGACAGGACCCGACUCGUCGAACUUGUUUGUCGGGUGGUGCGGAUAGACCCCAGGACGUCGACCGGCGAGUCUCUGCUACAUCUAGCCGCCAAUCGGGACAACACGAUUAAAAGCAGCACUUACUUUGAUGAGCCUCAAGGAACCUUCUUCCCCUCGGUGAAAGUUGCCCAACUCCUCAUUGAUUGCGGGGCUGAUGUGUCGUCCCUGGACCAGAAACGCAACACUCCCCUCCACACGGCGGCCAAAAUCCAGAAUUAUCACUCGAAUCUCGUCGAGUUGCUGCUCAAUCACGGCGGCCACAUCGACCAAAUCAAUAGCGAAGGGGAGCGACCUGCCGUCAUGCUCCUCAAGCUGCCCACUUGCUCUGUCCACCCGCUGAAGUACAUCAGUCUCCGGUGUUUGGCCGCCUCGGUUAUCAAGACCCAAGGCAUCAGCUAUCGAGGUGAAGUGCCAGUAUCUCUAGAACCGUUCAUUGAAAAGCACUGAGCUUCCUAUUGAGCUUGCACCAGUAAAACGAUUCAAAUUAAUGAUGAUCUUCCCCCCCUUUUCACUAAUGAACUGUUAUAUCUUUUUGACUAGCCAUAUUUCUCCUUCCCUCCCCGCAAAAUGUAAAUAAGAAUUUAGUGAGCUAAUAACCAUCAUCCCAUGCAAAGAAAAAAACAGGCAAAAGUCCGUCUACUACUCGACGGUGCAAUUCGACACUGCGACGCGCUUUAAAUGCUUUAAAACGAUAUCUGUUUUGUAAUUGUUUUCACAUUUCCCCCUCGUCCUCUGAACCAUUUUUUUUUUUAGUGUUUCACAACAACUUGAUGAAAGAUGAACAUACUACUACGUCGAACGAU